AUGGUGUCAUCGUCUAUAUUAAGAUCGAAAGUUAUCCAAAAGCCAUAUCAACUAUUCCAUUACUAUUUUUUACUGGAAAAGCAAAGGGGAUCCACAUUAUCUGAUUUAUCGUUUGAAACUAAUUGUAAGAUCUCCAUAGAUAAGUUCAAGCACCACCAGUGGACCAUUAACGAAGUAUGUCACUAUGGAUUCUUAGUGUCCAUAAUCUUUUUUGUAUUUAUUAUAUUUCCAGCAUCAUUUUUAAUUAAGUUACCUAUAUUAUGUGCAUUUUCCUUUUGCUUUAUCAUUCCAUUAACAUCACAAUUUUUUGUUCAUGCAUUGCCUAUAUUUACCUGGCUAGCUUUCUAUUUCAGUGCCGGGAAAAUUCCACCAUCAUGGAGACCUGCUAUUAGUGUUAAGAUUUUGCCAGCCAUGGAGACGGUUUUGUAUGGAGAUAAUUUAUCAAAUGUGUUGGCUGAAAUCACCAACUCAACCUUGGAUAUAUUUGCUUGGAUUCCGUAUGGUAUUUUACAUUUCUCGGCACCAUUUGUUGUUGCAAUCUUCAUAUUUUUGUUCAGUCCUCCAACUUCAUUAAGAUCGUUCGGUUUUGCCUUCGGUUACAUGAAUUUGGUAGGUGUUAUCAUGCAAAUUUUGUUUCCUGCUGCACCCCCAUGGUACAAGAAUUUGUACGGUUUAGAACCAGCCAAUUAUUCAAUGAGUGGCUCUCCCGGUGGAUUAGGCAGAAUUGAUGAGAUUCUAGGAGUGGAUAUGUAUACAACUGCAUUCUCCAAUUCUCCUAUCAUCUUUGGCGCAUUCCCUUCGUUACAUUCUGGUUGCAUAGUCAUGGAUGUCUUAUUCUUAUGCUGGUUAUUCCCAAAAUGGAGAGCCGUUUGGUGGAGUUGGGCUGCUUGGUUGUGGUGGAGUACCAUGUAUUUAACUCAUCAUUAUUUUAUUGAUUUAAUUGGCGGCGCAGUAUUGUCUAUUGUUGUGUUUAAUUAUACAAGAUACAUGCAUUUGCCUGUUAUUGAUCAUAAGAAAUUCUGUCGUUGGUCAUAUACUGAAGUUUACAAGAUUGACAUCAGCGAAUCAGACCCGCUUUCUAUUAACUUUAACAGCGGAUCUAGUAAUGACAUAGAGGCCCAACCCCAAAGUUCUUUUUUAAAUCCAGCUAUUAAUAACUAUCCAUAUUUCUACAACCAAACUACUAAUAACACUAAUAAUGAAUUUGAAAUGUCCACAUUUUCUAGAUCCAGACAAGCUUCGAGAAGUGUAAUUGCAACUGUUCCUAGUCCUUCAGCAGCUGGAACAUCAUCAUCGUCAGUCAACUUGUCAAUUGCUAAUGAAGAGUUACAUGACGCCGAAGACGCUGAUACUUCACUGCUUGAAAAUAGUUCAACCCUUUCUGUAUUUGAAGGCGAGCACGAUAAUAAUAAUUUCAUAAGUUCUGCUGCGUCGUCAACUUCGUUGGAUGAUGUCGAAUCGACUUCGAAUUCACAUUCAAAUGCUAAUGCAAAUGAUAAAAAACAAAAAUAUACCGUUAAGAAUAGAUAA